GCGGACGUCCAGCUGGCCCAGCCGUGCUUCGCCAGGCCUUCUGCCUGGGGCGCCUUGCCCCGCCGGCUGGCGGCGCUCGCGGGCGUCCUCGCCGGGGCGGCGGCUGUCGUCGCCUGGGGCCAGGCCGGGGGCGUCCGAGCGGCCGCGCCCAUGGCCCCCGAGUGGCGCGAGGGCGCCGUGGGGCUCCUCCAGGCGGAAUGCACCGAGGUGAACGGCAAUUGCCUGGCAUCGCGGUGCUGCUCCGACCCCGCGCUCACGUGCUUCGAGAAGGACGAGACGUGGGCGGCCUGCAUCGAGGGCUGCGAGCCUGGCAUCCACGAGGACUGGGACCCCCCAGGAAAGCAGACGUCCUGGUCGUGCAAGCCGCUCACCAGCGGUCCAGACGCUGGAGGCGCGAACGAGGACGACGACGGUGACGGCGCCGACGAGGGCGUGGCGGUCGAGGCCCAGGGAGGGGCGCCAGACGCUGGAGGCGCGAACGAGGACGACGACGAUGCCGGCGACGAAGAGGGCGCGGCGGUGGAGGCCCAGGCAGGGGCGCCCGCGUCCUGCGAGGACCUCCUGGAAGAUUGGCAGGACGCCGCGGGGCGCUCCUGCGAGGACUACGAGCAGGGCCGGCUCUGCACCUCGUCGGGGGACUUCGGGCCUGGCUGGAACGGCUCGGGCGGCAUCCCCGUCCCCAGCGUGGCGGUGCUGGGGCGCGGGCUGUCUGCGGCCGAGGCCUGCUGCGCGUGUGGGGGCGGGAGCGCCAGCGGCAGCACGUGGAGCCUCGCCCAUCGCGACUGGCGCUGCAGGGAAGACGCCAGCAGGCUGGCAGACAAACAGGCGCCCGACAUGCUGCGGCUCCCCGACUGCGAGAAGUUCUGCUUCUCCUACACCUACAUGGAGUUCUGGACGUCUGAGCACCCCGGGGUCUGCCAGUGCCACAGCGAGUGCUCCGCCGGAGGGCAGGACACGCCCCCUGGCCACCACAAUCUCGUGUACAGGCGGGCGGCUUCUGCGUAG